CGGCACUUCGACGACGGGUCACACUGGACACAUGUAGCAGGAAAAAACGCAGACAUCGGAGAAAGAAAUCAGAAAAGUAAAUUCGCAUUAAAGCCAGCUCGCCAGUGCCGUGCUCGGUGGUUUUAUGGAACACUCAUUUCGAUCACAUAGCGAGCGUGCGCGACCCAACUUCCUAUGACGACAAACCGAAAGCAAUAAAUCGAAUCUGAACUCAUCUUAAGCCAUGUCCGCCAAGUCUGAGGCGGACAACACGACGGCCGCCAACUCUGGCGGCGGAGGCGGAGCAGUCGGGAGCGGAACAUCAUCCGCUGGCGGCGCAUCCGCGAACGGAACAGCCACUCCGGCACGCCGCCUGCGCACCCGAAACUCAACGGGCAACGGUACCAAUAGCGGAAGCGAGUCCGUAAAGAAAUCAAACGCCAACGACGAGCCCUCGACCCCAGUCACCCAGGCAGGAACCACAGGAUCUCACACCAGCGUUCCGCCAGGAGCGUCUCCGGCGGUAAUGGAACGGCCGAUGCCCAGUGUUCCCAUGAAUCACGCCAGCAGCAGUGUGUCAGCCAGCAAAAAGUAUCACAAUAGCUGUCCUCAUCCCACGCCCACGCCUGCACCCACUGGGCACAAGAAGUCGGUGCACACGCAGCCUCACAGCAGCAACAAGUUUGACCAGGGAAAGAACGAAGAGUUCCACUUCGACACGCCGCCAGAAUGCCCCGUUUUCCGACCGACAACUGAGGAGUUCAAGAAUCCGCUGGCCUACAUCAGUAAGAUCCGCUCCAUAGCUGAGAAGUGUGGAAUCGCAAAAAUCCUGCCGCCGGCCACCUGGUCGCCGCCGUUUGCAGUGGAUGUGGACAAGCUACGCUUCGUGCCACGUGUCCAGCGGCUUAAUGAGCUGGAGGCCAAGACGCGCGUCAAACUUAACUUCCUUGAUCAAAUCGCCAAGUUCUGGGAGCUGCAGGGCUCUUCGCUAAAGAUACCAAUGGUGGAGCGCAAGGCCCUUGACUUGUAUACGCUGCACCGCAUCGUGCAGGAGGAGGGGGGCAUGGAGCAAACCACAAAGGAUCGCAAGUGGGCCAAGGUGGCCAACCGGAUGCAGUACCCAUCCAGCAAAAGUGUAGGCGCGACCCUGAAGGCGCACUACGAACGCAUCUUGCACCCCUUUGAGGUAUACACGUCGGGAAAGGUUCUGGGACCGACCCCAGCGUCAUCUGGAUCUGGUAGCACGCCCGUGAAGUUGGAGGAUGGGGGCGGAACCGACUACAAAGCCCAUGAAAUUCCCACACGGCAGCAAAUUGCGCCGCCCAACGAGACAAACACACGUCGCUCUAAACGUUUUGGAAACUCCAAUGCCAGCUGCGGCCUGACUGGUGUCACACCCACGACAAAGCCAUCCGCGGGCGUCUUUGUCAAGACGGAGACCAAGGAAGAAUUUAAGAGGGAUCUGCUCAGCAGCUUCAAUGCUGUUAACAGCGGCGGUUCGCCAUUGGCCACUGGCACUCCCGCAAACACUCGCGGAGCCAGCCAGAAGAAGGGAGGAGAGCCUCCAGCCCUAAUCGUAGAUCCACUAAUGAAGUACAUUUGCCACAUCUGCAAUCGCGGCGACGUCGAGGAGUCUAUGCUGCUGUGCGAUGGCUGCGACGACAGCUACCACACCUUUUGCCUGUUGCCGCCUCUGACCAGUAUACCCAAAGGCGAAUGGCUUUGCCCGCGCUGCGUCGUCGAGGAAGUAAGCAAACCUCAGGAGGCGUUUGGUUUUGAGCAGGCGGAGAGGGAAUACACUCUGCAACAAUUUGGGCAAAUGGCUGACCAGUUCAAGCAAGAAUACUUCCGCAAGCCGGUGCACUUGGUGCCCACUGAGAUGGUGGAGCGCGAAUUUUGGCGCAUCGUAUCUUCUAUCGAUGAAGACGUUACCGUCGAGUAUGGGGCGGACUUGCAUACAAUGGAUCACGGCUCCGGGUUUCCCACUAAAAGCUCAUUAUAUUUGUUGCCGGGCGACCAAGAGUAUGCAGAGUCGAGCUGGAACCUCAACAACUUGCCGUUGCUGGAGGAUUCUAUUCUGGGCCACAUCAACGCCGAUAUUAGCGGCAUGAACGCUCCGUGGAUGUAUGUGGGCAUGUGCUUCGCAGCCUUCUGCUGGCACAACGAGGACCACUGGAGCUACUCCAUCAACUAUCUUCACUGGGGAGAACCAAAAACCUGGUACGGGGUUCCAGGGUCCUGUGCUGAGCAGUUUGAAGAGACCAUGAAGCAGGCAGCUCCAGAACUUUUUUCAUCGCAGCCCGAUCUGCUUCACCAGUUGGUGACCAUUAUGAACCCUAACAUUUUGAUGAACAACCGUGUACCGGUAUUCCGCACCGAUCAGCAUGCGGGCGAGUUUGUGAUCACCUUCCCCAGGGCCUAUCACGCAGGCUUUAAUCAAGGCUAUAACUUCGCGGAGGCCGUCAACUUUGCACCAGCCGAUUGGCUGAAGAUGGGACGCGAGUGUGUUAACCACUAUUCCAUGCUGCGUCGUUUCUGUGUCUUUUCGCACGACGAGCUCGUUUGCAAGAUGGCGCUGGAGCCAGCGAAGCUUACCUUUGGCAUCGCUACUGCCUGCUACAUCGACAUGGCCGAAAUGGUCGACACGGAGAAGAAACUGCGCAAAUCACUUCUGGAGUGGGGCGUCACCCGCGCCGAGCGUCGCGCCUUCGAGCUAGUGAACGACGAUGAGCGCCAUUGCCAAGAGUGCAACACCACGUGCUUCCUGUCGGCGGUGGCCUGCGAGUGCAACGACAAACUGAUUGUCUGUUUGCGCCACUACACAGUACUCUGCGGCUGUGCUCCUGAAAAGCACACUCUGAUAUAUCGAUAUACCCUGGACGAGAUGCCGCUGAUGUUGCAGAAACUGAAGGUGAAGGCACACAGCUUCGAGCGAUGGCUUUCACGUUGCCGUGACAUAGUCGAUGCACAUACACCCACUUCGGUGACUCUGCAGGAACUACAGGAAUUGUGCAAGGAGGCCGAGACGAAAAAGUUCCCCUCCUCGCUGCUCAUCGAUCGCCUCAAUGCAGCGGCCGUCGAGGCAGAGAAAUGUGUCACAGUUAUACAGCAACUGGGUAUUAAUAAGGUGCGAACUCGCUCGGACCACAACCAGGAAGCUGCUCAGUACAAGCUAACCAUGGAGGAGCUAGAGUUGUUCGUUCAAGAGAUCGAUAAUCUCUGCUGCAUCAUUGACGAGGGCGCUUCGGUGCGAGAGCUGCUUGUUUUGGGAAAACAGUUUGUGGAGCGGUCCGAGGGCCAGCUGCAGUUAUCGCUGGAGUCUCUGGAGGAGAGUGAGCUAGAAACGUUAAUAAACGAAGGUAGCUCCUUGCGCAUCGAACUGCAACAGCUCGACCAACUACAGAAGCGACUGAAGCAGUGCAAGUGGUACAAGCGCUCGCAGGGAUUGAGGGAGACCAGCUCGAAGCUGACCUACCAAGACGUGAAGAAUCUGCUGCACAUGGCGGCUGCUGACCUUGAUCCCACGGAUCCGUAUGUGGACAAGGAGAUGCGAAAAUUGCAACAGAUCGGUGCAGAUAUCGAAGCCUGGGAGUCGCAGGCAGCCAAGUAUUUCCGGCGAUUGACCCAACAGCACGAGUUGGGCGAAAUCGAGCAGUUCUUGAAAUCGGCCUCCGACAUCAACGGUCAAGUGCCUUCGCACGGACUGCUGAAGGAUGCACUACGAAAGGCGCGUGAGUGGCUACGGGCCGUUGAGCAGCUACAACAGAACAACCACGUCACAUAUUGCCACACACUGGAGGCAAUGAUCGAGCGUGGCAUGAACAUACCCAUCCAGCUGGAGGAGCUGAGCCGAAUGCAGGGACACCUAAACAGUGCACAUCAAUGGAAGGACAAUACGGCGUGUGCCUUCCUUAAGAAAGGCACCUUCUAUACGCUCUUAGAGGUUCUCAUGCCCCGCUCAGACGCCAUAAAUAUAGACUCGGAUCUCAAGCCGCGCUUCCAGGAUGAUUUUCUGAAAGAGAAAAAUCCGGCGGAGAUUGUGGCCAGCUUCAAGCACGCUGAGGAGCAGGAGCUGCUGGAUAUGCGCGACCUUCGGCGGCAAAACAUGAACAAAAACCCGAUGCGUGAUAUGUUCUGCUUGUGCAAGUCUGAGUUCCGAAAUUUAAUGUUCAAUUGUCAGUUGUGCCGCGAUUGGUUUCACGAGGAUUGCGUCCCACCGCCCUCAACUAAUCAGAAUGGAAUUGUUAAUGGGGGAUCAGGACCAGGUUCCAAUCGACCGAAGUGGCUGUGCCCAAGUUGUGUGCGCUCGAAGAGACCGCGCCUAGAAACCAUCCUUCCGCUACUCGUCCAGCUGCAGCAACUGCCUAUCCGUCUGCCCGAAGACGAAGCGUUGCGUUGCCUGGCGGAGCGUGCUAUGAAUUGGCAGGAUCGCGCAAGGAAGGCUCUUAGCAGUCCUGACGUCAGUGCGGCCCAAGAAGCGAUUCUCGCUCAGCAGCAGCAAAAGCGGCGCUCCGAAGGAGGAGCUGGAGUGGGCAAUAUCAGCAGUCCACGAAAGCCACGUCGACGUGGCAGCCUGUCGAAAGAGGCAAGUGGUUCCACAGAGUCCGAUGCCGACGACGAUGAUGACGACGACGAAUGUCGCCUUCGAAUUGUCGAAGACAACUUCAGCAACGAUGAAGAUGAGCCUCGUACCGCCCCCGCGACCUCCACUGUCAACUCCGAUCUCCUCAAGCUGCUGUCCGACAGCGAAAUUGAAAAUUUGCUUGAUCUGAUGAUGGAGGGCGACCUGUUAGAGGUAUCCCUAGACGAAACGCAGGAGCUUUGGCGCAUACUAGAAACGAUGCCGCCCACGUUGCUGCAGGCGGAGGCCAUGGAGCGUGUUGUCCAGUACAUGCAGCGUCAGCGGCAACAACAACCAAAUCCGCUGCCCACAUCGGGCGCCGAAGACUCAAACGAUAGUCUAAUGGUACAAAAUAGUCCCAAUAGCAACAGCAAUAGUGGUGGGGCAACUGGGUCUGCGAGCAAUAGUGGACGCAACAAGAAGAGGCGCUCCAACGACGCUAGCGGCAACUCAGCAGUGCCGCGCAAGAAGCAGAACACACCGAAACAGACGCCGGGCAAGAAGGGAUCAGCGGCAGCGGGCCGCAAGAGCGAUGCUAAGGCAUCCCCAGCAGCAUCGACAACUCCGGGUGCGGAUGCCGAUGCCGAGAACAAGCAGGCCAACGGCGGAAAUACGAACUCUAGUACAGGAUCAGGUGGUGGCAAUUCUGCGACGACUACGCCCACACCCGGCUCGACGCACAAAAAGCGCAAGCGCACCUCAACAACCGCCACCAACAACAACAAUAAUAAUAACAACAACAACACGAACAAUAGCAUCAGCAGUACCAACAUUAACAGCAACACUACCAGCGCCCAGGGAGCAGCCACUGGAGGCAAUAACUCCACUGGCGGUCAAAAGAAGCACGCGCAACGGUCUCAACAGGCGGCGCAAGAGGACGACGAGGAGGAGUGCCGGGCGGAGAACUGCCACAAGCCCACCGGGCGAGAGGUGGACUGGGUACAGUGUGACGGCGGCUGCAACGAAUGGUUCCACAUGUACUGUGUGGGCCUCAAUCGCAGCCAGAUAAAGCCGGACGACGACUAUAUCUGCAUCCGAUGCACCAAGACAGUGGCCAUCGGCACACAGGGCUCCGGUCACAGUAUCAGCGUAGCGUCCACGACGACGCCGGGAAAGCAGCGGGCGGUGCAAUCGGCGCGGUAGAGUAAUAUAUAGAGUCCAGGAGUGGAGUUGCCGGGUCGAUAAGUUUUAGAUUUUGCAGUAACAGCCGAUUGUGUUUUACGCAUGAUGUACUACUAAACACACCCGAUAAAGGCCGUCUACCGGUAUUUACUAAGUUUAGUAAAGUCACUUGAGAGUUUUUGUAGUACAUAUUUACCAAUUAUCGCUAUAUUUACGCAUCCACAACGUAAAACACAUUUGAAAACGACAAAAAAAAGAACUACAAAAAACAAAAGGAAAGUAAGAAUCAAGAAUAGGGAUUAUUAAUUAAGCAAAAGAGAAGAAAUGCAAACAAAGCAACACAACUAUUUGUUUUUGUACAAUUCAGCCCAUUUUUACGUUCGUUAAACGUUCUUUUAAUCUUAUAAUAUACUUUACCAUUACCUGCUAUUCUUAGUUUUUGUUAAUUUAAUUCACUUUUUGUGUUCGCCUCUCGAGUUUUGGUUCAAUGCGCACGCAAAGUUUUCAUACGUUUUAUUUUACUUUUUCCCUUAACCGAAGCGUAGGCGACUCUCGUUUUACUUUUGUACAUUUUUGUUUACUUAAGGUUGCGAGCAAAAACCCUCAAACAUUAAGAAUCUUCCACUUUUACGCGUGGCGCCUUGUAGACUCUCCUUUCUUUGUAUGUUCUUGUUUAUUAUCCCCAAUUAAAAUAUUAAAGAAACAAACAACAACAAAAAAAACGAAAACAAAAUCCUGUUAAUAAAACGAUCAUACAAAAAUUCAGUAUACAUUUAAGUUUACAUUUAAAAUACAAUGAAAAGUGUAUAAUUUUUAAUUUAUAAUUAGUAAGUUGACUAGAAAUCCAGCAACGUGGAAGUAAAUACAAAUUACAAAAAAAAA